AUGGAUCAUUGCGGCGAUGUAUCGACCAUUACUGUCACCAACGGCCUGCCGUACGUACUUCAGAAAGACGCCGAGGCAUACCCCUAUGGCCAGAGCUGCCUGUGGCGCGUAGCUGCCACUGUCGGAAGUCGAAUCCGGAUCACAGUGAGGGACCUGGACCUCUCAGAGCGGAGCAUGUUGAUUUUCGGUCAGGGCGACGUGAUUAACAAAGAGACGGCUUUCGCGGUAUUGUCGGGAUCGUACGCAAGACAGACAGUAACAUCUAACACCAAUGAGGUGUGGAUUACAUUACAGUCUGUCGAGAGUUCUGAUAUUCGCUUCGCCAUUGAGAUUCAAUCAUUUGAACCCAUGCAUGCAGAAUGCGGUGGACAUCAAUUUUCUUGUCCACUUGAAGACAACUGUAUCCCUCGGGACCAGGUGUGUGAUGGCAUACCACAAUGUCCUCUUCACGGAGACGAGCUUGCCUGUGACUUAGAGGGUCUCCUUAGAGAGCCUUACCACGGAGACUUCUUCUACACUCCAAGAGUUUCAGGAUCGUGCGCGGAUGUUGGUGAUUACCGGUGUCCCAAAGGCGGAUGCAUUAGUUGGAUGGAGGAGAUAUGCGAUGGGAAAGCACAUUGCAACGACCUGUCCGACGAAAGAAACUGUUAUCCAUGCGGGAAGAGUUACCUUCUUUUGAGCAAUUCAACAGUGACUUCAGUGCCGUUCCAAUCGAUUAAUUAUCCGCUCCCGUACCCGAACGAUGCCCUGUGUGUCUGGUUGGUCACUGCCGACGCGGACCGCAUCGUGGUCCUGCAGUGCACCCGCUUUCAUACUGAGCGCAGCAAGGACAAUCUGAUCGUGGGCAACGGCCACGAUCCCUCGGACGAAAACUCGCAGAUUAUGCGCUUGAGCGGUUUCAUUUACAUGUUCCGGAUAAUUUCCAGAGGGCCGAAAAUCUGGCUGAAAUUUCAGAGUAACGGCCAGGGAACUAGGAAGGGAUUUUCUGCAACGUUAUCACAAGAAAUGCCUGAAGGUUCCUGCUCGGACAGUGAAUUCCAAUGCAGGUCUCCAUCGGUGACUGGGCUGACUUGUCUAAACGCUGCAACCUCCGUCUGCAACGGUAUGGCGACCUGCAUCGAUGGAUCGGACGAAGAAAACUGCGGUACGAACCGACCACGUGGCACACAUGUUUUUGCUUAG